AUGACGGACGUAGAGGUUACGGCCGUGCACUCGCGCGAGUCCAAGCGCGGCGAGAAUGCGUAUGUUGCGGACGCAAGGAGCUCGUCGAGCGACAUCGAGUUGCAUCGCCGGUUCUCGUUCUUCGCAUGUCUCGGCCUCGCUUUCAGCCUCCUUAACUCAUGGACUGCCAUGGCCGCAUCACUGUCCGUUGUCCUUGGUUCGGGCGGGCAGGUCGCGAUGGUGUGGGGCCUGGUUGUGUCCGCAAUUGGCACCAUGUUCAUGGUAGUUUCGCUUGCCGAGAUCUGUCACGUUUUCCCCCUCUCGGGCGGACAGUAUGACUGGACGUAUUGCGUCGCUUCCCCGCGUUGGCGCAACGGCCUCUCCUUCACAGUGGGGUGGGCCGCCUGUGCUGGGUGGAUCUCUCUCCUUGCCGGUGGCUCCAGCCUGUGCAUGCAGUUCGUCCUGGGCAUUGUGGCAAUCUUUCAUCCCGACUUUGAGACCACCAACUGGCAGAAUUUUUUGCUCUUUUUGCUCUUCCCGCUGGUCGCCGGCCUUCUCAACCUCUUCGGCGUCAAGAUACUCCCAGCCGUGGACAAAAUCGCGUACUUCCUCGGUAUCAUCGGUAUCGUUGUCGUCUCCAUCGUGCUCCUCGUCUGCUCAAGGGGAAGAUACCAGAGCGCUAAAGAUGUGUUCGCCACCUUUUCCAACGCUACCGGCUGGCCUGAUGGAAUGGCGUUCAUUAUCGGCCUGCUGCAAAGCACGCUGGGCUUGACAGCAUUUGACGCCGCCAGCCAUAUGGUCGAGGAAAUUCCGAAGCCGGCCAAGAACGCACCUCGCAUCAUGAUUAUUGCCGUCGCACUCGGUUCGGUGACCGCCUGGAUCUUCAUGGUGGUCAUUCUAUUCGCACUCUCGGACUUUGAGGCCGUCGCGGCAGCACCCACCGGCCCGCUCCUCCAGAUCUAUUACCAGAGCACAAACUCACUCGCUGGCGCCACUUGCCUUGUCAUGUUCAACCUCGUGUCCAUGUUCAUGGCCGUGCAGGCGGUGACCACCGUGUCCUCGCGCAUGGUUAUGAGCUUUGCGCGCGACCGCGGCCUCGGCCCUCUCUCGCCCUACCUCUCGCCCAUUCACCACAAGCUGAUGGUCCCCGCAUGGUCCAUUGUCUUCGUCACCCUAUGGGUGUUUGUCUUCGGGUUGAUCUACCUUGGGUCAAGCAUUGCGCUCAAUGCUAUCCUUUCGGCAGCAGUGGUUCUCCUGCAAAUCUCGUAUAUGGUCCCGAUUGUGGUCGUGCUUGUCCGCGGCGGCAAGACUGCCUACGCAGGCCACUCCAAGACCUGGGGUCUUGGGCGGUGGCGGGUCCCAAUUAACGUCGGCGCCAUCAGUUUCGGCCUGCUGACGAGCGUGUGCUUCCUCUUCCCGCCCAUGCUGCCCGUUGCUGGCCCGACGAUGAACUAUGCGGUCGUGGUACUUGCUGUUGUCUUCAUGUUCUGUGGACUGGUCUACGCAUUCGACGGGCGCAAGAAGUUCCACGGCCCAGUGGAUCUGGAGGAACGCCUUAUGACCAACAAGAUGGAGUGAGAUGCGUCAGCAGUUGGA